CUUUUCCGUUGGAUUGUGAUCACCGCUCUCCAUUCGACAAAUUGUGCACUGCCCACCGUUCGUAUUAUCAUUUAGUUUGUUGAUAGGCGGUGGCUACAAGUCGACAUAAUUCACCUGAUUUCCUGAUUUGUCAUUGAGAUUAAUGUCUUCGUUUGCGUCCGACUUGUUUCUGCUACAGCUACUCCAAAGGACACGGACGGGCUAGAUCACUCCAUCUUCGAGGGCCUUGAGAUUGUGCUCGAGAGUUAUCGCCCUUGAUCAUCCUGAAGGACAGACGCUUACGACCUACCGUACUACUAGAGCGUCUACAUAGCGACUUCUGUGCAAGGGGCAUACAGCUCUGUACUUCCGGAGACUAUAAAACUAACCUCGCUUGGCACUGUUUCAAAUACUUCUCAAUAGUCGUUUUAUUCUUGUUACUCAGUGUUUGCUGUUGGCUUACAGUGACAUCCUUGUACGCAACUUUAAAAGGACUCACAUAGCCACACGACUUUUUUUUGGUAAAUAGUCGUAACUGAAACUUCACAGGCCUGCUGAAACUUCAUUGUGCUAGAGUUCGCUCUGCUUGAAAAAAUUACAGAACGUCGAGUUUGUUCAGUCCUGAGACCAGAAGGGGAAAAAUAGAACAGACAAGUUACACCUCCAGAAUUUUGAGAACAGAGAGUCAUAGUAGGCUACAUACAACUACCAACUCGAAAAAAAAUAUUCAUCGAGGAAAAUCCAUCUGAGUCAGUUAUUACUCGUGUGGUUACAGCCAUUCUGUGAACAGUGUUGCGUUUCAUCUUUCAAGACAGUGAAAAGAGCUAAAAAGAUACCAUCGAACUUCACAUAGCAGAGUAGCUUACGUGAUCUCCAAUAGAAAAAAACAAAAACCAAUUUUAAAAAGCACACAAAAAAGCAAUAAACCAAAAAACCGAAAACCAAAUCACCAUGGGAGAAGGCUCACCUUCAUCGUUGUUCAAACUCAUCGUGGUCCUCACUCUCGCCUCGGCCGGGGUGUAUACGGUCGGGAUGGCGAGCCCGUACUGGUUGUCCGCCGAGUUUCGGAUCCCCAUGCCCCCACCGGCAAACCUCAAGGUUGAGUCUCACAUGGGACUGUUCACGAACUGCAAGACGAUCCACUACCCUAAAUCAGCGAACGAGGACUGUGGCGGAGAUGGAGCUAGGGACUGGCAGUAUAUCGCCGCUGGUUUCGCAAUCUGUGGAUUGUUCCUGGGCGUGGUGGCCUUUGUAGACGGCGUGCUGGUCAUGUGUGUCCGGAAGUUCAUGGGGAACAAGAAAAUUCAAAUAGUCCAAACAGUCCUCAAUUUUCUCACAG